GCAGAAGAAGAAAACGCUCGCGAGUGCGUGAAAAAGCGGAUGGCGAAUCGAAUCUCUCCGUGAUGGGUCUCCCGUCGUCUGGCUAAAAUUGGUUUUUCUUGUGCAAAAUUUCAACCGAAUCGGCGUGAAUUGUGUCGGAAAAUUUUUCAGGUGCCAAUCGACGGCCAGUCAGUCGGUGAAAUUGGCGUCGAUGAACGCGAUUUGCGGUUUAGUUUCGUUCGGUUAGCCGUGAAGGAAGAUUCAAAGUGGUUGAUGGCAGUGAAAAUUCGUCGUUGAACCAUAAAGGGGAAAAGCUGGUAAAGCUAAUGUGUGUGAUGUGCGAAUAAUACAACAAUAGUGAAGAAACGUUUCAGGUUCUGGACGGAUGUCUGGCGUCCGAAGAUUCACCGUGUGGAAUGCGGAUUGUGAAGAGGCCAAAGUGAAAAUACCUAGCAUAAAUUUUCCAACUGAAGUGAUCAUUUCCUCGCGUAAAGGAGCAGCACUGUAAUCCCGAUAAGCAGGAAUCGGACCCACUGAACCCCGAAGAUAAUCAUGCUGUUAGCGGCGACGAUGGCGACGACGACGACGGUGGAUUGAGAUUGAGAAGUGGCAAACAUUGCCGGAGUGUGUAAUAUCUGGUUUGCCGGUGGUGUGAGAGCUUUUUGUAUAAUAAAUAAUAUUGUAAAGAAGAUAAUCGAAGUGAAGUUGCGAAGCUGAAGUGAGUGGUGAGAAAACCGAAAAAAAAGUAAAAUAAAGCAGAGCAAAAAAAGAGUUUUUGGGAAACAAGUGGCAGAGGUGGGCAGAGGAAGUGCUCUCGAGAUUUCCGAGUCCGAACAAAAGUCAGCGCAGUUUGGUGGACGCAAGUGGCUGUGGAGGAACUCGGAAAGAGAAAACAAAAAAAAGAAUUAUGAGCAAUUUAAAAUCUCGCAGCGUUCCGCGAUUCCUACUCUUGGCAGUCGCGGAUCUCGACGCGAAUCGUAUUAAUUGUGGCUUUUGUUGUUGUUAUUAAAUGAGUGUAAUAAAAAUCGACGGAAGAAAAACGAUGCAAAUUGACGGCUGCUGGACUGUUGCGGCAUAUCAGGAGGAGUGAUUCGCUAUUCAAAUGAAUGUUUUACUACACUGAGUGUUGUGGAGCCGGUGAGUGUUUUCCCUCCCUCGGUAUGUGUGUAUGUGACUCCCUGUAGCAGCAUGUGUUAUACUUCAAUCAAUCCGGCCCCAGUCCAGUCCAGUCCAGAAGCAGAAUAAGUGAAUUCAAUGAUUAAACUCAGUAACAGUAUCGCGGGAUCAGUUCAGUGAACACGUCAAGUGCGCGUCCAACUCGUUACGAAUCGGUUCGUAAACCGUUCAGUCGGGCAACUGCCAUUACAACGGAAGAAACGGAGAACGUUCAUAGUAGCUGAAUUAGUUUUUUUUUUUCAUUUCCUCGUGGAACAAGCAGUGGCCGGCGCCUACCCGCACCAUGGACGGCGUAAGGGCGUUGGACAUACUGCCACUGCUGCAGGAACGGUUCGCGCUGCUUUCCGGUGGUCGAGACAACCGUGGCGGACCGAUUAUUUGCUUCCCGGCGACCACCAAGCGUGAACGGGUCAAACCCGAGGACAUUAAACGGGUCAUCAGCUAUUUCAUCGGUAUACCAAGCGAUGAAAGUAAAGCCCAUGGAUUCACCAUCAUUAUCGAUAUGCGCGGCAAUAGCAACACUGCUGCCAGCGCCAAGAUGAUCCUCAAAGUGCUACAGGAGAACUUUGGCUCAGACAUCAUCCACCAAGCGGUCAUAAUCAAGCCGGACAACUUCUGGCAGAAGCAACGUUCGUCGAUCGCCAGCAGCAAGUACAAGUUCGAGACCACCACCAUCUCGAUCCAGUCGCUGAACAAAGUGGUGGAACCAUCGCAGCUCACGUCGGACUUUGAAGGUUUCCUGCACUACGAUCACAACAUAUGGAUCGAUUUGCGGGUUGCGUUCGAAGAUUUCCUGUGGCAGGCGAGUGACAUCCUCGAUCGGAUCGACGACCUGCAGGAGGAUCUGCAGCACUCGGACUUUCCCGAGGACGUCAACAGUGCCAAGCACAGCAGUGAAAAUCACAACGAAAUGAAGCGGAAGAUUUUGAAGCUGCCGAUUGAAGAUCUGGACCUGCUGGGACAAAAACUGCUUGGCAAAUUUACGUCAUACUCGAAUCGAAACGACGAAAGCUGCCACUCGACGUCUUCGCCAUCCAAGUGUCACAAUCCGGACAUUUCCUCCUCGCUGAAUCAGGUUCUUCAGCAGCUCGAAACAGUCAGAAAUGCACAGCAGCAGUUGUUGAGCAUGUGGCAGCACAGGAAGACAACGUUGGAUCAGUGCUUCCAGCUAAGGCUGUUCGAGCAAGACUGCGAGAAGAUGUUCGACUGGAUUCUGCACAACCGCGAUGUGUUCCAGGAGACGUACGUGGUGAUCGGUCACAAUUACGCGAUGGCCAAGAAAAUCCUGGACGACCAUCAGCGGUUUGCGGUUACCUCGCGGAACGUUUCGUCCAACAUCAACCGGAUACUGGCCGUGGCGGGGAACCUGAUUGAGAGUAACCAUUACGCUGCCCAGCAUAUCCGCACGCUAGCGACUCGGCUCGACAAAACAUGCAAGGAUUUUGUUACGACGCUGGACGAGCGGACGGCAGUCCUUUCACUUUCGGUGGUCUUUCACCACAAGGCGGAACAGUAUACGGAUAGCGUGACCAGCUGGGCAGCGGCCUGUGAAGCUACCAUCCCAACGCCCACGAACGUGGAAAGCUUGGAAACGGCCAUCCGGACACAUCAGUCGCUGUACGAAGCCAUGUGCCAGGCCUACACGGAAGUGCAUUCCACCAGCAAAAAGCUCCUGUAUCAGUUGGACCAUCUGGUGCAGGUAUGCAAUCAGCCGCCGGCUGUCAAUACGAGGAAGAAUGAUAACAAUCACUUCAACGGUGGCAAUCCGGCGGCUGACUAUAGCGAAGGUGCGUCUCACGUUCUGGCAGUAAUUCACCAAAUACUCGGCCAUCACCGAGCCCUAGAAAGCAAGUGGCACGCUGGGAAGCUUCGGCUGCACCAGAAGCUGGCUCUUCGGUUGUUCCAGGAGGACGUGAAGCAGGUGCUCGAUUGGCUGCAGAAUCACGGAGACGUGUUCCUACGGAAGAAUCGUGGCAUUGGGAAGAGUUUGCAGAAGGCUCGAAUAUACCAAACCAGUCACGAACACUUCGAGAAUGUCGCACAGAAUACCUAUCGGAAUGCGGAAAAACUACUGGCGGCUGCUGAGGAACUGGCGCGAUCCGGUGAAGUAGCGCCGCAGGAAAUUUUCUCCGUGGUUAGAGAGCUGGAAACCAAUGUGGCAUCGUUUGCGGAGAGAGUUGAACAAAGGCGAAGACGAUUGGAUCUAGCGGUUUUGUUCUACACUAACGAGAAGGAAAUCGCUGUCUGGUCGGAACAACUGCACACCGAAAUGGCAAACGAAGAGUCUAUGGAACUCGCGAAUGAAACCCUCGAAGGAACCGAGCGUUUGUUGGAACAGUGCAAGGAGCAGGAGGAGAAUACACUGAAAACCUGUAUUCAAGCCAUUGCCCAAGGCGAAGCCCUGCUUCAAGAACUGAGAACCAUCGAAGAGGAGGAUUCGUCCGGUUCGCUUACCGCAGUGCAGAAUGCUCUAGAACGGAUACAGAAGAACCGCCUUGAGUUGGAAAAUCUGUGGCAAGCCCGGAAAAUGAAGUUCGAUAUGUAUCUGCGAUUGCGGAUAUUCGAACGAGACGCUCUGGAAGUCAGCUCCCAGCUAGAAAUGUGGGCCGAAGAGUUGCAGCAUACGGACGUAUCCAGGGAUUUCCAGAAAACCGAGCAAGUUCUUCGGUUGCACAACGAAUCGGUCAGCCAGAUGCAAACCACCACCUAUCAGAUGAUCAACACUGGCCAGGAACUGAUGCAACUGUUCGAAUCGUCCGGGGUCCUAAUAAUGGCCGAUCCGCACACGAAUGCCCAAACCAGGGUGCAGUAUUUGUUGGAAUUUUUGCACGACCGUGAACUGGAUUUGGAGGAUUUGGCCGAGGCAAAACGAAUAAAAUUGGAGCAAUCGAUGCAGCUGUGUCACUUUCAGAACGACGCCAACCAGGUGAUCUCGUGGAUUCGGAAUGGGGAGGCUAUGCUGAUGGCCAAUUUUUCCAUCCCGAAUAGCUAUCAGGAGGCGGAGCAGCUGCGGAAGGAGCACGAACAGUUUCAGGUCGCCAUUGAACGGACCCACACUUCAGCCGUGCAAGUAAAAUACCGUGCCGAUGCCCUGAUGAACGCGAACCACUAUGACCCGCAAAGCAUAAAGGACAUUGCCGACGAGGUUACGAAAAAAUGGCAAAAGCUAGUCACGUGCGCCGAAGAGCGCCACAAGCUGGUAACGGCUUCGUUGAACUUCUUCAAAACGGCCGAGCAGGUUUGCAGCGUGCUGGACAGUUUGGAGAAGGAAUACCGCCGCGAGGAAGACUGGUGUGGAGGAGGCGGAUCGACCGACAAGGGUCAACAGAUAGUGCAAUUGAUAUCGAAACACCAAGAGCAGAAGGAAGCUUUUCUGAAGGCUUGUACCUUGGCUCGACGAACGGCCGAAACAUUCCUCAAGUAUGCGGCACGAUCGCUGCAAUUCUAUCAUAUAAAAACGACUGUAAAUAGCGAAUCUCGGGUGAAGUCAAUACUGGAUAAGCUGUUGACGCAGGAAACGCAGGUUCUCGAGUACUGGACCCAGCGUAAGAAGCGUCUGGAUCAGUGCCAGCAAUUUGUUCUGUUCGAACGAUCUGCCAAGCAAGCAAUCGAAUGGAUCCAUGACACUGGGGAGGCCUAUUUGUCCUCUCGGAACAAUAAACUGUGCAGUAGUAGAGAGGAGACUGAAGUGCUUCUAAGGGAGCACAACGAGUUCAAGGGAACGGCAAAGGAAACGCGGGAACGUGUCAAGCUGCUAAUUCAACUGGCUGACUCCCUGGUGGAGAAAGGGCAUGCCCAUGCCAGUUCGAUCAAACAGUGGGUGGCGACCGUGGACAAUCGCUACAAGGACUUCAGCAGCCGGAUGGAACUCUAUAGGACUAAUUUAGAAAAAUCGCUUGGCCUACCUGGAGUACAGCAACAAGAUGACAAUAAUAGUAGUAGUAGUUGUAAUAGUAGUGGUAACAGUAGCCUUAGCUGUAAGUCCAUUUCCUCGUCCACGUCAUCCGUCUCAACGACGGCUUCGUCCACCAGCGGCAUUUCCUCAGCUUCUUCCACGACAGCGACCGGAGGCAAUUCCGUGCUCGAAUACCGCCAUUCUGAUCCCUCGCUGGAAACGAAGCUUAAUGCGGCUGCGGCCGGGCCCGGUGCGGUUGGCGUUCCCAAAGAAAUGAACGAGGAAAAACGGAAAUCCGCUCGGAAGAAAGAGUUCAUCAUGGCCGAACUGCUUCAAACCGAGCGCACCUACGUCAAAGAUCUCGAAACAUGUAUCAAUGUGUUCGUCAACGAACUGAAAAGUGGCGUCAAUGUGCCACCCAGCUUAUUAGGCAAGGAACACAUUCUGUUUAGCAACAUUGUAGAUAUUUACCAAUUCCACGAGAAGAUAUUUCUCAAAGAGCUAGAAAAAUAUGAAACCAUGCCGGAGGACGUCGGCCACUGCUUCGUCACGUGGGCGGCCAAGUUUGACAUGUACGUGUAUUACUGUCAGAACAAACCCCAAUCCAACGACUACAUGGUGCAGUUCGGUGGAUCUUAUUUUGACGAAGUGCAACGAAAACAUAACCUAGAACACUCGCUACCGGCGUUCCUAAUCAAACCCGUGCAACGAAUCACCAAAUAUCAGCUGCUGCUGAAAGAUCUCCAAUCCUGUUGCGACGAGGGCCAAGGCGAGAUCAAGGACGGCCUCGAAGUGAUGCUGAAUGUGCCGAAGAAAGCGAACGAUGUGAUGCAUUUGAACCUGCUGGAAGGGUGUGAUGUGCCGUUUGAUAAUCUCGGGGACGUUGUCCUGCAAGAUUCCUUCCUGGUGUGGGAUAACAAACAGAUUUUGAUCAAGAAAGGUCGCGAACGGCACGUGUUCCUGUUUGAGAUGUAUAUUCUAUUCUCGAAAGAGGUCAAGGAUACCAAUGGAGUGGUGAAGUACAUCUACAAGAGCAAACUGCUAACAUCCGAUUUCGGCGUCACCGAGCACAUCGAGGGCGACGAGUGCAAGUUUGCCAUCUGGACCGGGCGGGCUCCGAUGUUGUCCGACUAUCGGAUAGUGCUCAAGGCCACCAGUCUCGAGACGAAGCAGAUGUGGGUCAAAAGACUGCGGGAAGUAAUUCAGGAGACUUACUUCUCCGGGACUUCGUUCUCGUUGUUGAAAUCUCCGGCCAAGGUCGGCAACAAACCGCUCGGCCAACGGCUCUCGAAGGACAUCGACGACACGCUCAACGAUAACGACCAGGACGGAAGCUCGCUGGCAAGCUUCGGUUCUGGUAACACCACCGACAGUGAGAAGGGUGGUCUAGCUGAGGUGACGUGGGUGAUAGCGGACUACAAUGCCACCCAGGGCUCGUCGGAACUGACGGUGACCAAGGGCGCCCAGGUGGAGAUUUUGGACAUGAACUGCUCCGGGGCGCCCGAUUUUUGUCUAGUCCGAUUACCGAUUAAUUCCACCGACAGCCAGGAGGGCCUGGUGCCGGUCUCGGUGCUCAAACCGUUGCCAUCGUCCCACAGUAAGAUCAACAACAAACAGCGCGAUGCGGACGCGCUAGGAGCUACAUUGCCGAGAUUCGAAAUCCCAGUAGCAGUGUGCCAAUCCCGGAUGACCUGAAGGGUGGCAAGGAGCGGAUGGUGUUCGGCAACAUAGAAGCAAUCUACGAGUGGCAUCGAGACCACUUUUUGAAAUCGUUGCAAAAGUGUCAGCAAAACCCGCACGAGCUCGGACCGCUAAUAAAGCGAAGCGAGCGGAAGCUGCACAUGUAUGUCGUGUAUUGCCAGAACAAGCCGGUAUCGGAGCACAUCGUGCAGGAGCAUAUGAGUUACUUCGAUGAAUUACGCUUAAAAUUAAAAUAUAAAUUAUGUUUAGGAGAUAUGCUCAUUAAACCUGUCCAAAGAAUAAUGAAGUACGAGUUACUAUUGAAAGAUAUCCUGAAGCAUACUCAGCGGGCCGGUCUCACCGAGGAAAUUCCAGGAUUGAAAGAUGCAAUGCAUAUAAUGCGAGUAGUUCCUAAGGCAGCCAACGACAUGAUGGAUGUCGGUCGGUUGCAGAAAUUUGAGGGUAAGAUAACGGCACAGGGCAAGCUACUGCUGCACGGUCCGCUUUACUGUGUCGAAGGUGCCAGUAGUAGUGAUAAGAAUUCGUACAAUGCCCAAAAGCCGAAAGAGCUGCAUGUGUUCCUGUUUGAACAGAACAUCAUCUUUGCGGAGAUAGUGGGCAAGAAGACGCAGUUUACGAGCCCGAGCUAUAUCUACAAGGCGCACAUACAGGUGAACAAGAUGACCCUGCAGGACUUAUCCGACCAAACCAACGGAAACCGGUUCUCGCUUUGCUCAAUCGAUCCGCAGCGCUCCAGUCUGAGCUUUAUUUGCACAGCGCCUACGAUCGAGCUGCACAACGAGUGGCUCAACACAAUUCGCAACAUUUUGCAGACGCAGAAUGACUUUCUAAAAGCAAUACAAAGUCCUAUCGCCUACCAGAAGGAACUAACAAAGGACUCAUAAAUACCAACCACCAUAUACAUUCAUGCUGCACCAAGCGUGAUGACUUCAUCGGUGUAAGUUAAAUCGAAAUCAUCUAUUUACAAUCAACAUUCGGCGAACCAGGAACGGCAACCAACGCAGGCCAUCUAGGACGACGACCCGGGUAAACGAGGUAAGGUACACGAGUUUCAAACGGUUUGAUUUUAUAGUACAGCUAUCAGCCGCAUCGCAUCGUACGAAGAAGCAGUAAUGACACCAGCCAGCAGCAAAAUAAGUCAAGCUCACAUUUCAUACCAACAAUGUGAGGAGGAUUGACGUCAAGAAUUUUAAGAACAACAACAACCUACAAAUUUUAGGUAAGCCACAAAGUAUGGAUAAUUUGUAAUUAAAAUAAAUAAAUAUACAGAAAACGAGUAUGACAAACAACAACAUAGAGACAAAAAGUGAUGAUCAAAAGGUUUAAACAAAAACUAAAAAUCUAUUACAAAAUGGGAACGCUUACCAAAAAAUAAUGGUUUGUGAAAAUCGCGCAUAUGAAGCGUAAUUAUGGAUAACCUAAUACUUAAAACAAAUUCUACAUUUAUAUUGCAUUCGUGAGUAGAACAGCAAGAAAUCACAACAAAUACAAGAGAAAACAAAACAAACAACAGCUAGUGUAAUUCAAUAGCAGCAAAAAUAAAACCAUCAAACGUGGAUAACAAAUAUA